AUGUUUUUCACGCAAUUGGGACUCCUCGCCCUCAGUGGUGUAUCCGCUGUUAUCGGUGCCAACUAUUCAAACCCUCUAGAGCCCAAGGAUGGAGGAGAUCCCUCCAUUGUAUGGCACGAAGGUUACUGGUACUUCACUGCAACAAACUAUCGCGAUAUCAGCGUUCGACGUGCAACAACUCUCGAUGGACUGAAGACUGCACUGCCAAAGACAGUAUGGGAACCUAGUGCCGAGUUUCCUUCGCGUCAAUGCAACAUCUGGGCCCCUGAGCUGCACAUCGUCGACGGGCAAUGGCACCUUUAUUUCUCUGCUGGUGGCUGCGGUGACGGCUCUAUCCAGCAAUCUCAAGUUUUGCGAGGUGGACCUUCUCCCUGGGACCACUUUGACUUCUAUGGCACUAUCAAUGCACCCGCAUGGUCCAUUGACGGAACGCCCCUGAAGAUUGAUGGUCAAGACUAUUUUGUCUACUCUUGCUUCCGUGGUGAUACUGGCGAGAAUCUGCAGUCUCUCUGCAUCGGCAAGAACUCAGAUAUUCUCACCAUCGGUGAGGAGCAUCUCCUUGCCUCCCCAACCGAAGCUUGGGAGCGUAAUGGACAAAUGCCCGUCAACGAAGGUCCGUUCGCUCUCUACAAGAAUGGUCGUACUUUCCUGUCUUAUUCCGGCUCCUUCUGCUGGGAUCCAUCUUACUCGCUCGGUUUACUGGAGUAUGUCGGUGGUGACCCUCUUGAACAAAGCAGUUGGGCCAAGACCGGCCCUCAUUUCAGCCAAGCACAUGGCAUGUACUCGACCGGUCACAACAGCUUCUUCACCAGUCCGGAUGGUACCGAGACUUGGAUGGCAUAUCAUUCGUCGCCUAAUCCUGCUGGUAGCUGUGGUGACAGAUACUCCAACGCGAAGAAGAUAGAAUUUGAGGCGGACGGCUUCCCUAUUCUUGGCGAGCCUAUCGCAGAGGGAGAGGUGCUACCAGGCCCUGCUGGUGAACCGCAAGCUUAA